AUGUGGAUAUCUGCUAAAUUAUUAUAUGUUAUUCCUUUAUUAUUCCUGUUAUCUUUAUUCGGAUCUCCUCUCUUUGACUCGGAAACUAUCCCGAUACCGAUACCCCCUAAACUUCAUGGAAAGUUUCUUCAUAUAACGGAUUUUCAUCCGGAUCCCCAUUACGUUUCUAAUGUUACCGCAAAAUCUAGGUGUCAUGAACACUUUAAAAGUGCAAAAAAACCUAGGCAUAUGAAACGGGGUAUAUCUGGUCCUUGGGGAGCUCCUGCGACCGUUUGUGAUUCUCCUAUGAAUCUGAUAGAAGCAACGUUUGAAUGGUUGGAAAACAAUUGGAAGAAUAAGCUUGAUUUUAUUAUAUGGACCGGAGAUAACGCAAGGCAUGAUAACGAUGAUAUGAUACCCCGAACCCCCGAGGAAAUGUUUCAAUUAAAUCGUAUGAUAACCGAAAAAUUUUUAAAAACUUUUGGCGACACUCAACUUCGUGGAAGAAAGAAAGCACCACAUUUCAUCCCUAUC